AUAAAGGAAGUGUUAGUGGGCAAUCAUCACUGCAAGAGUUGAUCAUCUUGGAACCAAGUAAAUUCAGUGGAGGCCCCAGAGUAUCGCACCCCUGGUUACAUUAGGGGAACCCGACGACCUACAUUCAGAACGAUUAAAAAUAAAAGGUCGAUAUCAAAAAGAGAAAGAUGUUAAAGCGGCUUCAAAUUUAUCUUCGAAUUUUACGAUUUAAUUCAACGAUUACAAAGAACUCCCAUAAUAUUAUUCCCGAGGAUUCUUCACAACAAUGGACCUUAGAGCAGUCCCAAAUUGAUAACAUUGUUAAAUCGGUGCCGUCGCUCGUAAAUGUGUCGACUGAUAUUUGGCAAAAAGCUCACAGCAUCUUUACGGAGUAUGGAUUCAAAACUAAAAGUUUCACACAAAUUGUUGCCGAACAUCCCAAGGUGCUAACUCGACCCACUGCCAAAAUUAGCGAUAGCCUAGAGUUCUGGCGUGGUUGUCAGUUUGGUGAGAAUCGGGUUGAAAAUCUUAUUCUCAGAUAUCCUGAACUCCUGGAAAUCUCCAACAAUCGAAAGAUUCUUUCGCAAAUACACGCUUUGAAAUCCUUAGUGCACACAUCGAAAAAUGUUUGGACACUUCUUAUGAAUUCUCCUAACUUGAUUCAUGAAAAUAUAAAAACCAUAGAAGCCAAAUUCAAUUAUAUGCAUGAUAUUAUGCGAUUAGAAAUCCCGGAAAUUGUUAAGUCGCAAGCCUUUUCGUAUACACUUGAUGACAUUAAAACAAGACAUGUUUUCCUCGAACGGCUGGGAAUAUUUAAACCUCGCUCACCCAAAGCACCGCCCGGUGAAAUAUCGAAGAAUCCACGGCUUCAUCAAAUUAUGGACUCGACGGAAAGUCAAUUCGCUACGAAGGUAGGACUUGUUACGUUGGCAGAGUUUGAAGCAUUUAAAGAAUUAUUUAAACGAGAACUAAAUAGAGAAAGAAAUAAACGAAGUGAUGAAAGUGAUGAAGAUGAAUAAAUACAGUGAAUUGAAUCUAUGUUGUUCCGUAUUCGUUAAAUUAAAGCUUUUUAAUAAUAAACGAACUUAGCGUUUAGCAAGGGAUAUAUA